CAACACAUUUCACUCGUUGAGGUUAGACUCAGCACCAAUGGGCGACGGCGCGGAUGGCAACUCGAAGCCGGGAGAGCAGCAGUACCGGGCGACGAUAUCGAUCGCGGUGCCCGGGUCCAUCAUCGACAACACGCAGUCGCUCGAACGCGCCACCGCCGUGGCGGGGCAGAUCGCGCGAGCCGCCGUGAUCUUCAGGGUGCACGAGAUCGUCGUCUUCGACGACUGGGACUCCGCGGACGGCAACUCACAUGGGCCGCGCGGGUGGCGCGGGGAGCGGUUUUCCGGGUCCGGGGGGUCGUUUCUUGCGCGCGUGCUGCAGUAUCUGGACACCCCGCAGUACCUGCGCCGCGCGCUGAUUCCCCUGACGCCGGACCUGCGCCUGGCGGGGCUGCUUCCGCCGCUGGAUGCGCCACACCACGCGCGCAUGCACGAGUGGCCGGAGUUCCGCGAGGGGGUGAGGGUGCACGUGCGGGGAAGCUUCUCGGAGGGCACGCGGCUGACGGUGGCCAUGGGGCCGGCAUCGGAGCGAGAGAAGGUUUUUCUUCCUGGCGUGCUGCUCUCCCCCGUGUCCCCCCUGGCCCCCUGGGCGUGCAAGGGCCUGUACUGGGGCUACUCCGUGCGCCUUGCUAGAGGGGUGUCCGGGGCCCUCAAGGACUGCCCCUUCUCCGGGGCUGGGGGGAGAAGGGGAGGAGGAGAGGGAGGAGCAGCAGGAGGAGGGGCGUAUGAUCUGAUAAUCGGUACCUCGGAGCAUGGAGAGGUGAAGGAGAUUGGUCAAUUCAAAUUUCCGCCAUUCCGGCAUGCGUUGAUAGUGUUUGGCGGUGUGGCGGGGUUGGAGGAGUCGUGCGAGCUGGACGAGGGCUUGGAGGAGGGCCGCAGGGAGCCGCAGCAGCUGUGCCACUACUACCUCAACACGUGCUCGCUGCAGGGCUCGCGCACCAUCCGCACCGAGGAAGCUGUUCUUAUAUCGCUCGCACACAUCUUAGCUCUUAUCAAGUGACCAAUGACCGCUUAUCACCACUUGAAUCGGAGGACUCUGCUGCACUUAAUGGUCAUUGAAGCACGCCCCUUGAUUGGGACAAUCACUAGGCGCACUGGAAGGGCACUUUCACUAAUAUAUUCGGUCCUUUAGCAUCGCCCAAGCGUGUACAGUUUGGGCAAGCAAUCGGUCGGCGUUGUCGUGUUGGCCUUGUUUUGUA